AUGUCCACAGGGGAAGCGUAUGCCAACUUACCUUGCAAGGUUGCUGCUGCGGUACCACGAGGAGAGCUACCACACGAGCUCAACCCUUCAGCCCUGCCGGACUAUCCUGCCUCUCGCAACGCUCCUUUCGUUCAGCUUGCGAUCCUAGCGGCUGACGAGGCGCUGCGAGACGCAGCAAAGGAGGGGAGCAGGCAGUUUGUGCAGCCGAAAGACAUCUGGGGAGAGAGCAUGUUACCCAAGAUUGCGGUGUGUGUUGGCAGCGGUAUUGGAGCUCUAGGGGAGAUCGUGGAAGCUGGAAAGUUAGUCACAACCAGCCCUCGCAAGCUCUCGCCAUUCUUCGUUCCCAAGGUGAAGAAAAGAGAACAGGGAGAAGGCGGCAGCGAUAGAAUGCGAAGUGAAUUUGAGGAGGGAGGAACGGAAUCUUGCAUGGAGCCUCUUGCCGUCGCCGGUUUCUCGCGCGCAAAGUCCCUGGCAUGCGAGUUCAACGAGGACCCGAGCUCUGCCUCUAGACCCUUCGACGCGAGGAGAUGCGGUUUUGUGAUGGGGGAGGGAAGUGCCGUGCUGGUGCUUGAGGAGCUGGAGAUGGCGAGAAGCCGGGGAGCAAGGAUUUAUGCCGAGGCUGCCAUGGACAUGGGCGGUGUUAGCCCUCAACAGGCUCGAGCAAUCGCAAAGACGUUUGCGGGUUGCAACGACCUCGUCCUCACGUCCGUCAAAGGAGCUCUCGGACAUCUGCUUGGCGCUGCUGGGGCAGUGGAGGCAGCAGCGACAGUUCUUGCUGUCUACCACCAAAAGAUCCCACCAACCGCCAACCUCGACCAGCGAUCAACUGACAUCCCGAUCGAGCUGAGAAUCGCCCAGCAGACGGUGCAAGACGCCCCAGGACUAGAGGUCGCCCUGUCAAACUCGUUCGGCUUCGGCGGCGUCAACGCCUGCCUGCUAGUCUCCAGCAUGCGCGAGUGA